AUGGAAGCAAUCAAGCAAGUCUUUGCAAAAUGCAAAGAACAACACCGUGCAGCACUAGUGACGUAUGUCACUGCCGGAUAUCCUACCAUGGAAGAGACACCAGAGAUCAUGCUAGCGAUGCAAGCUGGUGGUGCAGAUAUAAUCGAGCUUGGCAUUCCAUUUACCGACCCCAUGACCGACGGCAUCACCAUCCAACGCUCAAAUUCUCAGGCCCUACAAAACGGCGUUCGUAUCCCCUCUAUGCUGCAGAUGGUUCAAGAUGCACGGAAACAGGGGCUGCGCAUACCCGUUCUCUUCAUGGGCUAUUAUAACCCCAUCCUUGCGUAUGGCGAGGAGAAGCUAUUGCGUGACUGUCGUUCUUCAGAUGUGAAUGGUUUCAUUGUCGUUGAUCUUCCGCCGGAGGAGGCAGUGCGUUUUCGAAAUCUGUGUAAGCGGGAAGGACUAUCAUACAUCCCGCUCGUGGCACCCUCUACCACAGACGCGCGCAUGAAGAAGCUCUGUGGCAUCGCAGACUCCUUUGUUUACGUUGUGUCCCGGAUGGGGGUUAGUGGUGCUUCAAAGACACUGGAUCAGGGCUUGAGCCACCUUCUCGACCGUGUGCAUAAAUACUCAGGCAAUGACGUUCCUGCCGCUGUUGGGUUUGGAAUCAGUACGCGCGAGCACUUUGUGCAGGUGUCUCAGAUUGCCGAGGGUGUGGUUAUCGGCAGUCAGAUUAUCAAUGUCCUGGAGAAGGCGGCUGCUGGGACCGGAGCUGAGAGAGUCAAAGAGUAUUGUCUUCAUGUAACCGGGCGCAAAGAGGACAGGCCUACCGAGUCUAUCUUAUUGGAAAAGAGUCUAUUAGGUACACCAGCAGCAUUCUCACCAGCAUCUUCUGCUGCACCGUCUUUUACUACCGACGGAGGAUCAGACGAUAUCACCACCACUGGUAGUUUGACAGAUAUGCAUACACGAUUCGGGCAGUUCGGCGGCCAAUAUGUUCCCGAAGCUCUGAUGGAGUGUCUCACCGAGCUCGAAAACGGCUUCCAAGCAGCACAGGCAGACCCGGCUUUCUGGGACGAGAUUCAAUCCUACGCAGCAUACACGAAUCGACCAUCCUCGCUGCAUCUAGCCCCCCGUCUGACGGAGCACGCAGGCGGAGCACGCAUCUGGCUCAAACGCGAGGACUUGAAUCACACAGGCAGCCACAAGAUCAACAACGCCCUAGGUCAGAUUAUACUGGCACGCCGACUGGGCAAAACGGCCAUCAUCGCCGAGACAGGCGCGGGCCAACACGGCGUAGCAACCGCAACGCUAUGCGCGCGGCUCGGGCUGAAAUGCACCAUCUUCAUGGGUGCUGAAGAUGUCCGGCGGCAGGCACUGAACGUCUUUCGCAUACGCCUGCUGGGAGCCACCGUCGUUCCAGUGGCGGGCGCCCAUCCCGGCGAGGGCGGCACCCUCCGCGACGCUGUGAACCAGGCUUUCCGGACGUGGGUGACGGAGCUAGAAACGACGCAUUUUGUCAUCGGCUCUGCCUUCGGUCCGUAUCCUUAUCCGACUAUCGUGCGCACAUUCCAGUCUGUUAUUGGGACGGAGACGCGCGCUCAGUUCCAGGAACAGGCUGGUGCAGGCCGGCUGCCCGAUGCCGUGGUUGCGUGUGUCGGCGGCGGCUCGAAUGCAUCGGGCAUGUUUGCUCCUUUCCUGGAGGAUCCUUCCGUGGCACUCAUUGGUGUCGAAGCUGGUGGCUCGGGAUCCGAGCCGGGCUGUCAUUCUGCGACGCUGGGGCGUGGGUCUGUUGGUGUUCUACACGGUGUGCGUACGUACGUUCUUCAGGAUGAAGACGGGCAGAUCACGUCUACGCAUUCCAUCUCUGCGGGUCUGGAUUACCCGGGUGUUGGGCCGGAGUUGGCUAGCUGGAAAGAUGCUGGGAGGGCAAGGUUCAUCGCUGCUGAUGAUAAUGAUGCGCUCGAUGCGUUCCGGUUGUUGAGUGAGACGGAGGGCAUCACGCCUGCUUUGGAGAGCGCCCAUGCCGUGGCUGGGGCGGUGCGUAUUGCGAGAGAACUUGGCCCAGGGAAAGAUGUCGUUUUGUGUUUGAGUGGAAGGGGAGAUAAGGAUGUGCAGACUGUGGCGGCCAUGUUGCCGUCAUUGAUGAUGGGGCCCGAUGAGGCAAAAGAUGGUAUCUCUGUAGUCGGUGGAGUACUAUAG